AUGACUUCCACCGCCGGCUCGCGGCGGCGCACCACCACCACACCCCCAUUCCUCUUCUCAGCUCUCAUUCUCUCCCUCCUCGCCUCUCAGAUCCUCGGCGCCGCCGCGCGCGUCCGUGUGCCGAGCAACUACCGAUUUCCGAACCCCAAUCUCCGGCGGGCCUACAUUGCCCUUCAGGCGUUGAAGAACUCCAUCCACUCAGAUCCGCGGAACAUCACCCACAGCUGGAAUAGCUCCAAUGUGUGCUCCUACGAGGGUGUCUUCUGUGCUCCCUCGCCGGCGAAUAGAUCCCUCACGGUGGUCGCCGGAAUCGACCUCAACCACGAGGACAUCGCCGGCUCACUGCCGCCGGAGCUCGGCCUGCUCACAGAUCUGGCCUUGUUCCACAUCAAUUCCAACAGAUUCUGCGGCGUCGUCCCCAAAACCUUGGCCAGGCUCCGGCUACUUUUCGAGCUUGACCUUAGCAACAACCGAUUCGUCGGCGGCUUUCCGAGGGUGCUUCUGAAUCUGCCGUCGCUCAAGUUCCUGGAUCUCCGGUUCAACGAGUUCGAGGGCCCCGUGCCGCCGGAGGUCUUCGACAAGGACCUCGACGCGGUUUUCCUGAACCACAACCGGUUCCAGUUCAGCCUGCCGCCAAACUUGGGCAACUCGCCGGUUUCGGUUCUGGUCCUGGCGAGCAAUAACUUUGGCGGAUGUAUCCCUGCCAGCAUUGGGAGGAUGGGCGGGACACUGAACGAGCUGAUUCUGAUGAACGACAAUCUGACGGACUGCCUGACGCCGCAGAUUGGGAACUUGACGGAGCUGACGGUGUUGGACGUGAGCUUCAAUAGGCUGAGGGGGCCGUUGCCUGGGGAGAUCCGGCGAAUGAGGAAGCUGGAGCAGCUGAACGUGGCGCACAACCGGCUGACGGGGGUGGUGCCGGGUGACAUUUGCCAGCUGCCGCGGCUGGAGAAUUUCACCUAUUCGUACAACUACUUCACGGGGGUGGAUCCAGCUUGCGGUCGGCCAACGUUUGACGGGCAGCAAAAUUGCAUAGCGAACAGGACACAUCAGAGGUCGGGUCGGGAGUGUUCUUCGGAAGGGGCCAGGCCGUUUGACUGCAGUAGGUCUCAGUGCGGUGGUGGUGGAGGUGGGGGAAGGAGCGUGAGGCCUGGGCCGAGAAGGAGGCCGCCGGUGGGGAGACCUCCGUCCCCAAGGCCGUCUCUGUCUCCGAGACCUUUUAUCCAGGCUCCACCGCCUACGACACGCUCUUCGAGGCCGCGACCACCACCUCCUCCUCCUUUGCCACCAUCUCCACCUUCACCAUCACUGUCCCCACAACCACGACCUCCACCUUCACCUUCAUCACCACCUCCUCCUCCGUUCCCACCACCACCAUCUCCUCCUUCACCAUCAAUUGAUAGGAGAAUAAUGUAUUUGUGGUUGCAAACUAGCUUUUCUGGUGAUCCUGGAUAUGCGAAAUGCUGUGUGAUGUUUUGCAUCACUGCCGGUGCUGUGGCCGGACUUUAUGUGCUGAGCAUUCAGUGGAUCAAAUGGUACGCACUCUACACUACACAUAUGUAUAUGCCUAAGGCCCUAAACGUGUAUGGCGUCCUAAGCUUCUCUACCUUUUUACAGGCCUUGCCACAGUUUGGUAUUCACACAAAUGUUCGUGUUUGUGCUGAUUGUUUUAAUGAUGGCUCCAGAUCAAGGAAGGAUACUGUGCCGGCUAAUCCAAAUGAAAUUAAUGCUGUUGGAGAUUCAAUUUCGAGACUGGAUAUCAGUACAGUUUCAGAUACCAAACCAGAAGCUGGCACUGCAAAAUCUUCUUUUCCAGACAUUUUUGAGUGCAAGUGUGGGAUGCCUUUGUGCAUUUGUCAAGCACCUGAGCCUCCAAAUCUAUUAACCACUACCUCAAGUCCCCCACUUAACUCAAUCCCAAAACAAAAGAAGACAGAACCAACUCCUAGAAGUAGAGGAUCAUCAUCUAACUGUCGGCAAAGCACUCUUUUCAAUCCUGGUCAAGUUGGCAACAGUUCUGUGGAUACAUCUUCAAUCAAUUAUGAGGUCACUGGAGAGGGUUUAAGAGAAGCAAUAAAAAAUGGUGAUGCUCCUGCUGCUAAGAAGCUUUUGAGUCAGGGAGUUGAUGCAAAUUAUCGUGACAAGCAAGGCUCGUCUCUAUUACAUUUGGCAUCAGUUUUCAAUCAUACUGAAAUAGCAUUUGCCCUCAUAGACCAUGGAGCACAUCUUGACUGCAAGAAUUCACAAGGCGAAACACCACUAGACUGUGCUCCUGCUACGUUGCAGUACAGGAUAAAACAGAAGAUGGAAGAAGAUAAGCAAUCACUUGCUCAUGAGUAACCCCAAUAUUCUACAUUGAACUGUAAAAAGCUGGACCUUGCUUUAACAGUUGGUUUAGUUUUACAAUUUUUCCUGAGGUUCACCUUUGUUGUCAAGAUAAAAGAUAAAACUCCACAAAAUAUCGACUUUUCUUGAUAUUGUUGUUAUAACCUCGUACAAGGUCAAGGUUACUGUAAAUUACCAUGCCGUUAAGGCCGUUUCUGGAAUAAUUGGCGUCCCUUCAUUACUAUCUUGUUCAUUUGGCCAAUUUCGUUGAAUAUGAAUUGAGGUUGUGGCAUAUUUCGGUUAUAUAGAUACACCUGGUUGUUUAUGUAAAUAAGUGUGCUCGGUUUUGACUUUUGAUGAUGAUAUGCAGUUGCCCUAAUCUUCCUCCACGUGUAUGUCUGUGUAUAUGUGCUUUUUUGCAACCUUUUGGCAUGGAUAAGACGG